CGCGCGGCGUCGCCGCCAUCCCUCGCGUCCGGUUCUCCACCCGCACGGGGUGAAUGGACGUCUGGGACGCCGCGCUCGGCGAAUAGUCGGCGGUUCCUCGUCUCCCCGCGCGCCAGUGAGUCGCUCUCCCUCGGCCAGAAACCCUCCGCCGAGGCCCGUGCAGGAGGAGCGGGGCCUAUAAGCGGAGCGGCGACCCCGCCGGCCUCGGUCUCUUUCCUUGGCGGCGGCGGCGGCGGCUUCUUCCGUAGGACAAUAUGUUCAAGAGAAUGGCCGAAUUUGGGCCUGACUCCGGCGGGAGAGUGAAGGGAGUUACUAUCGUUAAACCAAUAGUUUAUGGUAAUGUUGCUCGAUAUUUUGGAAAGAAGAGAGAAGAGGAUGGGCAUACCCAUCAGUGGACAGUAUACGUAAAACCAUAUAGAAAUGAGGAUAUGUCAGCAUAUGUGAAGAAAAUCCAGUUUAAAUUACAUGAAAGCUAUGGCAAUCCUUUGAGAGUUGUUACUAAGCCUCCAUAUGAAAUUACUGAAACAGGAUGGGGUGAAUUCGAAAUAAUCAUCAAAAUAUUCUUCAUUGAUCCUAAUGAAAGACCUGUAACAUUGUAUCAUUUAUUAAAGUUGUUUCAAUCAGAUACCAAUGCGAUGCUGGGAAAAAAGACAGUGGUUUCAGAGUUCUAUGAUGAAAUGAUAUUUCAAGACCCAACAGCAAUGAUGCAACAGUUACUCACAACGUCUCGUCAGCUAACGUUAGGAGCCUAUAAGCAUGAAACAGAAUUUGCAGAACUUGAAGUGAAAACCAGAGAAAAAUUAGAAGCCGCGAAAAAAAAAACAAGCUUUGAAAUUGCAGAGCUUAAGGAGAGAUUAAAAGCAAGUCGUGAAACUAUAAAUUGUUUAAAAAAUGAAAUCAGGAAACUCGAAGAAGAUGAUCAGACAAAAGAGAUAUAAACAGUUCUGAAGAGAACUUGUUAGUAAGCUAAACUGCAAAUGGACUUUAAAGGAGAAAUGGAUGGCAAAUGCCAUGAUGUUUCUUAGAGGAACUGCAUUUAUAGUUGUUGACCGUAGAUUUCUCAGCAGUGAGGUCAAAGUAUUUGUAUUUUUCAAACAGUCUUUAAUUGAAAUAUAUGUGUAUAAUAAGAAUGAAUGCUGUAUAGGCAUUUUAUCAACCCAUUUUAGGGUAAUUCUGUGAUGUUAAUAAGCACAAUUAAAAUUUUUUUAUUGCAUUGUAUGUAUAGCUUAUCCUUUUGACAGGCAUCAGAAUUUCAUUAUAAAAUAUAACUUGCACAAAUAUUUCCCUCGUAGUUGGAAUUAGUGAUAAAAUAAUGUGUAUAUUUAAUUUCUUAAGUUCUUACCUGCCUCAUUCUGAUUUGUUUGUAUCUGAUAUGCUCAAUACCCAGUAAAUGCUCAAUACAUGUAGUUUACUGAUGCUG